CAAUUUUGAGUUUUUGCAACUUUGAACAUUCAUCCCCUUGUUCUAGACUUCGAAUAAUACUCUCCCUUUUCUGACAAUAUUUACCAUGUCAAUCGAAUUUUCAGAAACAACAAAGGUCAUCGUGGAAAUGGCCGCUAUGAUGGACCCUGAAGACGAUUAUAAUACCAUUGUCGAAGCGGAGGAGAAAAUCAAAGCAUCUAGAGUACAGAGAGAGAAAGAAAUCGAAGAAGCUCAUGCAAAUAUGAAAGCACUAUCCAAAACCCUUGAAGCUGCGAAACAAUCAGCGAAAAGGCCGAAAUCUGUUCCUUCUGCUGAGACUCAUGCUGCCACAGUCAACGAACUCGAUAACUCCAAACUAUCACUAGCAAAAUCUAUCAGUGACGCAGAGAAUAUGCUUGCCAGUCAAGAGGCAGAGCUUGCGGCUUUGAAAGCCGAAUGCCAGAGUUUAGAGCACUACGACCCUGCUACUGAGCAUGAAAAAGAUCUUGACGGAACUGCCCUUCGAUUGAAAAUUUAUAGGGGAAUGGGAUUUGACAUCGCAUUAGACGACAAGAAUCAAGUCUCCAAUGUUCUCAUACGUUCGCAAUCCGGAGAUGUCCAUUCUGUACCGUUGAACAUCGACAAAUCUCCGGCAGAUUAUACUCGCCAUCUUUGGAAGCUGGCAGCUUCGUAAAUAUUCCCCUCAAAUUGUUUCAUGCUGCAUUCAUUCGUUGUGUCUGUAAUUUUUAUCAAGUUCAUUUCGCGAUAAGAGCGUUAUUUUUUGGAUCUACGUGU